CACAGUACAGGAGAUGACCAGAGACUGCGGACACAGUACAGGAGAUGACCAGAGACUGCGGACACAGUACAGGAGAUGACCAGAGACUGCGGACACAGUACAGGAGAUGACCAGAGACUGCGGACACAGUACAGGAGAUGACCAGAGACUGCGGACACAUCUCUGGUCAUCCCCUGUACUGUGUCCGCAGUCUCUGGUCAUCCCUGUACUGUGUCCGCAGUCUCUGGUCAUCCCUGUACUGUGUCCGCAGUCUCUGGUCAUCCCUGUACUGUGUCCGCAGUCUCUGGUCAUCCCUGUACUGUGUCCGCAGUCUCUGGUCAUCCCUGUACUGUGUCCGCAGUCUCUGGUCAUCCCUGUACUGUGUCCGCAGUCUCUGGUCAUCCCUGUACUGUGUCCGCAG